UGAUAAGACAGCCAGUUGCCUCACACCGGUGGCGGCGGCCGCACCAUGACGAGCCAGGAGUUCCCUGUGACCUUCGACGGUGUUCAAUAUGACCUGCAACGGUUUUUGCGGGACCACCCCGGGGGUGUUAACACGCUUAAGCAUUACAAAGGGAAGUCGAUAGUGAGUGCUAUGCAGAAGUUCGAGCACAGUGCGAGUGCGUACCACAUGCUGAGUGACUUCAGGGUGGACAGCAGUGUGCGUGGAGUGAGUGCGAAUGGCAGGAUCAUCACGAGCGAGGAACAAGGGAGAGAUGUUAAGGAGAUCGCGUUUUUGGAAGAGCUUGAGGGCAAACUCGACUGGUCCAAGCCCAUCCUGGGCCAGCUCCACCUGGUGGCCGCCCACUACGACCGCUGGGUGAACAGUGCCGUCUACCGCCCCUGUCGUCUCUUCGCCAGCCCGCUGCUGGAAGCGCUCACCUACACGCCCUGGUACCUCGUGCCGCUGGUGUGGGUGCCUGUCAUACUUUACUUGGGGUGCACGGAGUUUGUAAAGCAUGUUUUUAGUGAAGACCCCACUCUCCGCAUAUCGCCGCUGCAAUACCUGUGGCACGUGGCGCUGGGGGUGGCCAUCUGGUCCGCCGUGGAGUACAGCCUGCACCGGUGGGUGUUCCACCUGGACCCGGGCCGCUCGGUGGCACUCAUCAAGCUGCACUUCAUCAUACAUGGACUGCAUCAUAAGGUUCCAUUCGACGACUACCGGCAGGUGUUCCCGCCGGUGCCGGCGGCCGCGCUGGCCUACGGGUUCUACCUCUUCUUCAGCUGUAUCUUCUCAUACCCUCUGAUCAAGAUGACCGGCGGACUCAUAGGUUACCUGACCUACGAUAUGAUCCACUGCUACGUGCACCGGGGGUCUCCGAAGGCUGGCAGCUACCUGUAUUCCAUGAAGCGAUACCACUCGAAUCAUCACUUCGUAAAUCAUGACAAAGCAUUUGGGAUCAGCAGCAAGGUGUGGGAUUUGGUGUUCAGGACAAUAGUUCAAGUGAGGAAGUUGAACUUUAACCUGCAAUGGUGCCAUGACAUGACGUAAAUGGUAGAUAGUUACCGUUCCUGCAGUAAUAUAGGGGCACAACUCAAAAAAAUAGAGACUUGGUGUUAUUAUGAUAAACGGUGACAAACUCUAUACCACACUAGAGCUUCGAUCACAAAAAAACUCCAAAGCUUUUUAUUCUACAUAUAUUACUUCGGGUGCGUUGUGUUCUAUUUACAUACCUGCUAUUGAUUGUUAAUUAUUUAUUAGUGUAUGUGUAAAAUAGUGAAAUGUGAAGCAUUUAUUUUUGUAAGUACUAAGUAAUUAAGUACCUAAGAUAGUUUGUUACAAGAAACGAAAAGAUUCUGUAAAUAUAUAUUUUGUACGUAGAA